AUGACGGGGUUUAAGGGAGCUGGGUUUGUGACACGUGGAAUUGAACACGUAGGGGUUUUAGGCUUUGCCCUCUUCGGAUGGAGGAAACGUCGUUCACCGGUGUUGGAAUUUAGAGGGCAAAGGAUGCACAGUAGAGUGGGACCUGAGGUAAGCCAGGCUUGGUGGGCUGAGGUUAGUAGACUGAGGUAA